GCACGCGCGGAUUACUUUACAAUAGCCAAAACGUUUUGGACUUGCGAAACAUACAAAACGAGAAAGUGCGUUGCGCUCGGCUGUUGACUUCGGUACCGUUUAUUGAUUUUGGUGCGCGAGUGGUCUAGACGCGACCAACUGUUGCAAGUUCUCCUGGUUUCUCUCUGCUUGCCACGUGGUUUAACAUUUAACAUUUGCGGAAAUAGAAUAAAUAGAAACAAAUCGACACACGCAUUUCAAUUUGUGAGUCGAUAAACGAGUUGUUUUGCGAUUUGCGCUCAUCGAUUGGUUUCGAAUCGAUGCGCGCGCGACAUCCAAAGUUCAUACACUCGAUGCAAUGUUCACUUCAACAAAUACUAGUGUAUAAACAUCGCGUGCGCCGACUAGUUCUCCACAUUUCUGUUUAAUUACUACAGUAGUGUACAUCGCGCGUAUUGCACAAACUUAAAAUGGCGAUGAACAUGUUCCGAUCUGUGAUAUUAGGUGCUCCCGCCUCCGGGAAAGGUACAAUUUCGUCUAGAAUUGUGAAUAAAUUCCAAUUGGAUCAUAUUUCUAGCGGAGAUAAGUUACGAUUACAAAUAAAAAACAAAACAGCUAUCGGUAACGAAGUAAGUAAAUACACAUCAACCGGAAAAUUCGUACCAGAUGAUAUUAUGAUUAAAUUCAUCAUGAACGAGAUAAACAACGCGCGUGGUCCAUGGUUACUCGACGGUUUCCCACGCACACGAUCACAAUGCGAAGCCUUAUGGACGCAGCAACCCUUAGACCUUGCUAUCAACCUUGUGGUACCCUUCGAGGUCAUCAUUGACCGCGUGAAGAACCGUUGGGUGCAUUUACCAAGCGGCAGAGUCUAUAAUAUUGAUUUUAACGCACCAAAAGUUGCAGGCAAAGACGAUGUGACAGGCGAAGCCUUAACGCAACGUGAAGAUGAUAAGCCGGAAGUGGUCCAAAGACGCCUAGAAGACUACCAAAUGAAAACCCAACCUGUUAUUGAUUUCUUCCGUGAGAAAGGCAUUCUAGAAGAUUUCGAAGGUCGCACCUCUGACGAAAUCUGGCCGAAAGUUCUAGAAUGCCUCAUUAGACACAUACCGAUCCAGUUGACAAGUCAACAAAACGUGUAAUUCUCCAAAUAUCAAUGAAAAUAGGUCAAAGACUGACAACCUCACAUCACUUAAGCGCACAUUAAUAUUUUAAAGUCUUUUUUAAUUACAUUGUACAACGUUGAAUAAAUAAGAGAGUUUUUACUAGGAAA